CUCGUGGCCAAAUCAUCGUACACACAAUGCCAGUCGCUCGCGAGCUGUCGUUGCGCGAACAUUCGAAAAGUCCGCGACAGAGCAAGAUCCGUUCUUCGGUGCUGAACUAGCCGUGAAAGAAUCUGAUCCAAAUCGUCGUCUACCGACGCACCGUUUUUUCGGUACGGGUCACACGGAAUCUUCCGUCGUUUAAAUAUUUGGACUAGUGCCUCUCGCUACCAUCUCGCUCAAGAGGUUAGACAAAACAACCUGUCAAAAUGCAUCGCGCAAGAACAGCUCUCCAUAUGGUGAACCCGAUGGGUCAGCAAAAUUUCGGAGCGUUUCUGCUGAAGAAACCGGCAUCGAAGCUGACCACGGAACUGGUUGCUGCUUCGUCUGUGAAGCUGUACAACUCUGCCGCAGCUGAACCAUUCCUGAAUGGUUCUUCGUCAAACUACAUUGACGAUAUGUAUAAUGCCUGGCUGCGGGAUCCGGCUUCCGUGCAUGCGUCCUGGGAUGCAUAUUUCCGCAACAAUUCCUACGCAGCACCACCGAGCUUAGCACCGGUACCGAAGAAUCAUGUCCCUGCCGCACAGUACCUCGGUAGUUCGCUGCCAGCCGUUGCAGGCGGUGGCGUUGCCGUUGGUGGACGUAUCGACGAUAAGCUGAUCGAUGAUCAUCUUGCCGUGCAAGCUAUCAUUCGUAGCUAUCAGAUCAGAGGGCAUAAUGUGGCCCGUCUUGACCCGCUCGGCAUCAAUAGUGCGGACCUGGACGAUAAAACUCCACCAGAGUUGCUGUACUCGUCCUACCGUUUCGUACACCAACGGAUCUUGGAGUGUGUAAGCAAUGAAGAUCGUCUACUGCUGUUGGGGAUGAAGGAAGCCGACAUGGAACGCGUCUUCAAGCUGCCGAGCACGACGUUCAUCGGUGGCAAGGAAAAGUUUCUGCCCCUUCGCGAUAUUCUUGGCCGGCUGGAGAAAGCGUACUGCAAUAAAAUCGGCGUAGAGUUCAUGUUCAUCAACUCGCUGGAACAAUGUAACUGGAUUCGCGAGCGUUUCGAAACGCCCAACAUUAUGACCUACACGAACGAGGAGAAGCGUCUCAUUCUGGCCCGUUUGACACGUGCGACCGGGUUUGAGGCGUUCUUGGCGAAGAAAUUCUCGUCGGAAAAGCGUUUCGGUCUGGAGGGUUGCGAAAUUAUGAUUCCCGCGAUGAAGGAGGUAAUCGAUGUGUCGACCCGAUUGGGUGUCGAGUCAAUCAUCAUGGGUAUGCCACAUCGUGGCCGUUUGAAUGUGCUCGCCAACGUAUGCCGUAAGCCGCUGCAUCAGAUCUUUACGCAGUUUGCUGGUUUGGAGGCUGCUGAUGAUGGAUCCGGUGACGUUAAAUACCAUCUCGGUACGUACAUUGAGCGUUUGAACCGUGUGACGAACAAGAAUAUUCGGUUGGCCGUCGUCGCCAAUCCGUCCCAUCUGGAGGCGGUCGAUCCAGUCGUCCAGGGUAAGACGCGUGCCGAACAGUUCUACCGUGGUGAUGGCGAGGGCAAAAAGGUGAUGUCGAUCUUGCUGCACGGUGAUGCGGCCUUCUGCGGACAGGGUGUGGUGUUUGAGACGAUGCAUUUGUCCGAUUUGCCCGACUACACCACGCACGGUACCAUCCACAUCGUGGUGAACAAUCAGAUUGGUUUCACAACCGAUCCCCGUCACUCGCGCUCAUCGCCGUACUGUACGGAUGUGGCACGCGUCGUCAAUGCGCCAAUCUUCCACGUGAACGGUGACGAUCCGGAAGCGGUAAUGCAUGUGUGUAAGGUGGCGGCUGAGUGGCGUGCCACCUUCCACAAGGACGUCAUCAUCGAUAUCGUGAGCUACCGUCGCAACGGACACAACGAAAUUGAUGAGCCAAUGUUCACGCAACCGCUGAUGUACAAGAAGAUCCGCGGUACGAAGCCGGCGCUUGAUAUCUACGCUAACCAGCUCAUCACGGAAGGCGUUGUGACGGCUGAAGAGGUUAAGAGCGUGAAGGACAAGUACGACAAGAUUUGCGAGGAAGCUUUCGAGCAGGCAAAGACCGAAACGCACAUCAAGUACAAGGACUGGAUCGAUUCCCCGUGGUCCGGAUUUUUCGAGGGUAAGGACCCGCUGAAGGUUGCACCGACCGGUGUGAUCGAGGAGACGCUGGUGCAUAUCGGCAACCGGUUCUCGUCCCCACCACCGAACGCGGCCGAAUUCGUCAUCCACAAGGGUUUGCUGCGUGUGCUGGCCGCUCGCAAGGAAAUGCUGGAAAACAAAACCAUCGAUUGGGCGUUGGCGGAAGCGAUGGCGUUCGGUUCGCUGCUGAAGGAAGGCAUUCACGUCCGUCUGUCCGGACAGGACGUCGAGCGUGGUACCUUCUCGCAUCGUCAUCACGUGCUGCACCAUCAACACGUCGAUAAGGCAACCUACAGGCCGCUGUGCCAUCUUUACCCGGACCAGGCCCCGUACACGGUCUGCAACAGCUCGCUGUCUGAGUUUGGUGUGCUCGGAUUUGAGCUCGGCUACUCGAUGACCAACCCGAACGCGCUCGUUUGCUGGGAAGCUCAGUUCGGCGACUUUAACAACACCGCACAGUGCAUUAUUGACCAGUUUGUGUCGUCGGGACAGGCGAAAUGGGUGCGCCAGAGUGGUUUGGUGAUGCUGCUACCGCACGGUAUGGAAGGUAUGGGACCGGAACAUUCGUCGGCUCGCGUCGAACGAUUCCUCCAGAUGUGCUCGGACGAUCCCGACUACUUCCCGCCGGAGUCGGAUGAGUUUGCCAUUCGGCAGCUGCACGAUAUUAACUGGAUUGUGGCGAACUGUUCGACCCCGGGUAACUACUUCCACCUGCUGCGCCGACAGAUUGCGCUACCGUUCCGCAAACCAUUGAUUGUGCUGACACCCAAGUCGCUUCUGCGUCAUCCGGAGUGCAGAAGCAACUUCAGCGAGAUGGUUGAUGGAACCCAAUUCCAGCGAUUGAUUCCCGAUGCAUUGACCGCCGAAAACCCGAACAAGGUUAAGCGUGUAAUCUUCUGCACCGGUCGUGUGUAUUACGACUUGCUGAAGGCUCGUCGUGACCGCAAGUUGGAUAGCGAUAUUGCUAUCAGCCGCAUUGAACAGAUUUCGCCCUUCCCUUACGAUCUGGUGAAGGCCGAAUGCGCCAAAUAUCCGAACGCUGAGCUCGUGUGGGCCCAGGAAGAACACAAGAACCAAGGCUGCUGGACGUAUGUGCAGCCACGCUUCGACACCGCGAUCAACUCGACUCGUGAUUUCAGCGUGCAAGAAGAAAAGCUUGUGCAGCAGAAAACCGGCCAAGGAUUCAAUAUCCCGCAGGGUACAUUUAACUCUCCGACGAGCGGUUCCGCGGCCAGCAAGGGUCGCAAAGUGCGAAUCUCAUCGCGACCACUUAGCUACGUUGGACGUCCGUGUGGUGCAUCUACCGCCACGGGUUCGAAGGCCCAACACUUGAAGGAAUUGAAAAAUCUGCUGGACGACGCGAUGGCCUUGUAAAUGUGUUUGAUACGUGCUGCAGAAAACAGGAACGGUUGUUCUCUGGGUAGGUUGCUACUGCUGGAGCAACAAAUCAAAAUCACAUGAUAAUCCCCACACAUCAAUGGCGACCGACUAAAAAGGAACAAGCAGACGAGCGCGUGGCGUUGAUCUUUUUUUUUAAAUGAUGUUUCCUAUCCCUUGUUCGAUAACGAUCACGUUGACAGCAGCAGUGUGCAACACGGCAAAAUACACAAAAACACAAACGACACAGGGACCGAACGGCACGAAAUGGUUUUGUCUGCCAAACCGCUGGACUAUAUUCUACGAUAUUACGAAGUGAAACAGGAUAUCCUUCAACAUCCUACGAGGACACGGCAGUAAUAAGUGCGGCCCCCAUGGCUGCCCUAUUGCCUGCCCGGUUAUUUAUGAAGUUUUCGCUAGUUUUAAUAGUUCUAUUUAAUGCGAUAGGAAAGGAUAUGAAAACAAUAAUACAUUUAACCCUACUACACGUUAUAAAGUGAAUGAAAUCAAACAGUAAAACGCUGUGAAAAUACACAACCCAUGCAAAGUAAAACGCUUGUUAUUAGCAUCAUUGCAGCAGUGUACGCGCGGGUAUGUUGAGUAAUGCGUCAGUAGAAGGUUUUUGUUUUGUCUUCACAGACCGCACUCCUUAUUUGUAAUAGUUUCCAGAGGAAAGUCAAACAGUGUAAAGAUGAGGCUCAUCUUUGAAAAGGAUAAUAGUAGUUUACAUGCAAACACACACAUCAAAAUGCAAGCAUAUAUGAGUAUACAUACAUUUAUUUUAAUUAAUUAGUAGAAAAGAAAAAAGCAAACCAGAAUAGAAAACUCUGCCCUGAGCGGCGGUUGUUGGCAGUGUCAGCUUGAUUUGCUCACUGCAAAUAAAGCAACGAUGCAACGGCAUAUUUAUUUAUAUACAUUCAUUCUUUUCUUUUCUCUCUCACCUUUCACUGUAACAAUGAAUGGAUUUAAUGACCUAGUAGAAUGGCCCAAUAGUUCUAUUUUAUUCUGUUGUUGAUAUGUAGGGACGGGCGUUGAAAUGUUCUCGCCACGUGUAGAUUGUUGAAGGAUUCAGUGAAUUAAAAAAAAACACACAACAGUCUGUUGCGCCCAAUAAAUGCACGGAUGAAGGAAA